AUGCCGAACCGCUACCUCAUUGACGGCGAACUGGAACAUGCCGGCGAUACCGUGUCUGCGACCUCUGACCAAGGAGGACUCAAGGUUCCGACAGUGAUCGACCGCAACGAUCCCCUCGCUGUGCCUGCCAAGGAGCAAGCCAAGAACACCAUCCGGUUACCCACGAUGUUCGAGAAGGUCGAGGAAAGCGUCAUCGGUCAGGUUGGGCACGGCCAAUACUUGUCAUCGGAGGUGAAGGAGCUUUAG